AUGCAUGCGGAAGCCAUUGGCCGUAGACUCCAGAAACAUGCAGAUUUCAGCGUCUGCAAGGGAUGGAUUGAUAAUUGCUCGACAACACAUGAAAGCUGCCGGCCCAUUGAGGACAAGCCGCUUCCAAAACGAGUGAUUGAUUCUGGGUCCAACGACCUGGAGCCGAGGCUCGUUGAGACAGAAGGAAUCAAGGGUCUCUAUGUCACACUGAGUCACUGUUGGGGUGGAGCGCAUCCGCUCAUGACAACUACGGAAAAUUACCAGGACCAUCUGGGCUCGGUUGCUCUGGCGACGCUACAGCGCACAUUCCAUGAUUUCAUCGUAACUACACGGCGCCUGUGCUAUCGCUUCCUGUGGAUUGACAGUCUCUGCAUCAUCCAGGGCCCUGGCGGGGACUGGGCUGACCAGUGCGGCCGGAUGGAUCAUAUAUUCGAGCAGUGUGCUUUCACCAUCGGAGCCAGUGCGGCUUUAGACACGAACACAGGCUUCCUACAUGCUCGCAAAACGGCGGCUAACGCACGGUGCCCUUUUCCCGACCCAACAGGCACUGAUCAGCUAAGCCUCGAUAUCCCUAAUGAAGGGUUCAUUCACUACGAUACCGAUGAUGGCAAUAAACUGGGAACUCCGAUGCGGUCAAGGGCGCAACUUCUCAGUGGGGCUUGGGUUAUGCAGGAGCGGCCUCUAUCUCCUCGAACUCUGUAUUUCGGAACCUACGAAAUGUACUACCAGUGCCGAAGUGCUGCAUACCAUGAAUCACAAUGGUCUGAGGCAACCGUCCUGUGGGAGAAAGGCACUGAUUCUUGGGCUGCGUGUCCAGAACCUGUGCAUUUCAACACUUACAGCCUUGAUUACGAACCCUGUAUUCAUAUUGACCGGCUAGACAUUGUCCCAGAAGCGGCCGGAAACCCAUUUGGCAGGGUCAAGCACGGCUACCUCGUUGCGACCGGACGAAUGCAGAAACUUGUGACAAUCCGCAGGCCCACCGCAAACCCUGUGGCAUUAUCUGUUCUCCAGUUACAUGAUACAGACGGGGACAUAGGACUUUGUAUCCUUGAUAUCGAUACGUUCCCUCAGGCCGACGGAUUUGAGAUGGUGGUGGACUGUCUUUUGGUACAGAAGAAGCUCUAUGCGCACGACCUCAAAUGGAACGGUCUUGCUCUUCAGCCUUGCGAGCCAGGAUCUUCGACAUACCGCCGCAUUGGCUUGAUGGAGCGCGAGUUGUUGACUCUUGGUGGGGGUAGGGGUCUUUCUCGACUGAAUUUUGAGAAGGUAUGGGGAGCAGCAGCAGAAAGGACCGUGACAAUCGUGUGA